CUUUCGGUUCUGGAAGACUGCGAAUGCUGGUUUAUGUUUGGGUUUCUUUAAUGAAAUAAAAUCCGAUAUGAAUUCUGUUAAAGCAAGCAUAGUAUCUGCAUUCAAUAUGCAUGGCUAUACUUUGAGGAGUGAAGCUCUUCGAUUCCUGCAAGAAAGGUUCGAGCCUUUGGAUGAUACUCAGAGGCAUGAAGAAGUACAAAAAAUUUUAGAUCAUGUAAAUACACAGAAUCUUAGUAGUUCAAUGAUAGAGAAGGACAUUAUUGAGAAUAUUAUUAAUAGCCUUGAAACUGCUUCAUCUGAUGAUGGAAUUUUAUUCAAAGUAUAUGAUGCCUUUUCCUUACACAGAUAUACCUAUAAUACAGAUUCAAAGAAAUUUCUAAAUUGGGCUUUGUUACAUGAUAAAUCACCAUCUCUCCAUGGAAGUUCUGAUUCAAAAGCUGAUAUAUUUAUUGAAAGGUAUAAGAUGGUCCAUCAAAGAACAGCACGUCAUAAAGUAUUUGCUGCUCCUGUAAUUCAUAAUAGUUCACGUCCAUCCAAUUCCUAUUCUCUUAAAGCUGUUGAACAUUUACUUGGGACAUCUGGAAGAGAAAAAAAUGUUGUAGUUUUAGGAAUGUUAACACAGUUAAAGGAGGGUCAGUUUUUUCUUGAAGAUCCAACAGGAGCAGUUCGAUUAAAUUUGAAGAAAGCAGUCUAUAAAGGUGGUCUCUUUACAGAAAAUAAUAUUGUUUUAGUUGAAGGUGUUUAUGAAGAUAAAAUAUUUCAUGCAACAGCUAUUGGAUUUUGUCCACCUGAGCCUGCUGAAACAACACUUUCAUAUUUCCCCAAUUUUUGUCUAACUCCAUAUUCAUCUAUUAAUUCACAUCGUUUAUCAGCGAAACUGAAGAUAGUUGAAGAGAGGAAUACAGAUGCUAUGUUUGUGUUCAUGUCUGAUGUUUGGUUGGAUCAGCUGAAGGUUUUACAGAAACUGCAAGUAGUAUUUGCUGGUUAUUCUCAAAUACCACCUACAUGUUUUGUCUUGAUAGGUAACUUUUUGUCACUGCCCAUUGUUGGUUCUGAAAGCAAAGUUUUUGAAGAAUGUUUUUCACAACUUGGCACCUUGAUCAGUGACUUUCCAACUCUCUUAAAACAUUCUCGCUUUAUUUUUGUUCCGGGACCAAAUGAUCCUGGUCUUCCACAUAUAUUACCCAGACCUGCAAUUCCACCUGCUUUUCUUGGUGAUUUUUGCAAAAAAGUUCCAUCUGCAAUCUUUACGUCAAAUCCUUGCCGUAUUCAGUAUUGCACUCAAGACAUUGUUGUUUUUCGGGAAGAUAUCAUAUCAAAAAUGUGUCGUAAUAGUAUUUAUGCUCCAUGGGAAAAGGAUGAGAAAGUUGAUGUACCAAAUUUGUUUGUAAAGACUGUUAUUGCUAAUGGUCACCUUGUACCAUUGCCAUUAAAUGUUGCCCCUAUAUACUGGGAAUACGAUUAUUCACUGUGGCUCUAUCCGUUACCUGAUGUGGUGGUUUGUGCUGAUAAAUUUGAUCCUUAUACUGUAACAAGUGCCAACAGUAUAUUUUUUAAUCCUGGCUCUUUAUCUCGGUCCAACUUCUCCUUUAAAGUUUACUUUCCAUCAGCAAGAGAAGUUGAAGACAGUGAAAUUACUGAUGAUAUACCUGGUUAAGUUAUUUUUGAUAGUCUGAUUUUAUGUAUAGCCUGGUUUUAUAUAUUGUAUAAAUAUAUUUUUAUUACAAAAUAAAUUAUUUGUUAAAAAUUA